AUGCCGCCGUUCAACCUUGUCUCUGGUCCGGCGAACCUGGUGCUGGCUCUCCUGCUUGUCCAGCAGGUAGCCGCCCAGCAAGCCGCCAACAGCGGUGCUUCCACUCCCACGGUUCUUUCGUCCAUCAUUUUGAACGCCGUCGUCUUUGCCAUUCUCUUCGCCGUCUUCCUCAUCGCCCGUCCCCGUUUCAAGCGUGUCUAUGCCCCUAGAACCUACCUGGUCACCCCGCAGGAGCAGAUCGAGCCGCUCCCUCAGUCACUCUUGGGCUGGCUUCCCGUCUGGCUCAAGACGCCCACCACCACUAUCCUCGAGAAGAAUGGCCUCGACGCCUACAUGUUCGUCGAAUAUCUCGAGAUGAUGCUCUGGGUCUUUGGCCCGAUCUUUGUGCUCUCCUGGGCCGUCCUCAUGCCCGUCUACGGCGCAAAAACCACCGGCGAAGGCACCGGUUUCAACCGCUUCAUCCUCAGUCGCGUUGGCAAGUCUCCCCAGCAACAGAAGCGCUACAUCGCCCCUCUCUUGCUGCAGUGGGUUUUCACCCUCUGGCUGCUCUACAAUAUCCGUUCGCGCAUGACCAAGUUCAUCAAGCUUCGUCAGGAUUUCCUCGUCUCACCUCAGCACGCUAACAGCGCCCAGGCCAAGACUGUCCUGAUCACCGGUAUCCCCAACGAGCUCCUCAGCGAAAAGAAGCUUCGCGCCAUCUACUCGCAGCUCCCCGGUGGCGUCGCCAAGAUCUGGCUCAACCGUAACCUCAAGGAGCUCCCCGACCUCUUCGACGAGCGGGAAAAAUGGAUCAACAAGCUCGAGUCUGCCGAGACCAGCCUCAUUAAGACCGCCUACAAGCUGGUCAAGAAGGGCAAAGCCGAGGAUGCCAGCGGCUCGCUCCCCUCCACCGACCUCGAGAUCGAUGCCGAGGUCGCCGACCAGUAUGUCCCCAAGAAGAAGCGCCCCACCCACAAGCUCGGCAAGGUCCCCUGCAUAGGCGAGAAGGUCGACACCAUCCACUGGUGCCGCGAGGAAAUCGCACGUCUCAACAAGGAGAUUGAAUCCAAGCGCUCCGAGAUUGCCGUCGACUACAAGAACUAUCCUCCUCAGAGCAGUGCUUUCAUCCUGUUCAACACCCAGAUUGCCGCCCACAUGGCUGCUAAGGCGCAGGCUCACCACGAGCCCUACCGCAUGACCAACCGCUACGUCGAGGCGCAUCCGGACGACGUUGUCUGGGCCAACAUGAACAUGAACCCUUACGAGCGCAAGAUUCGCACUGCGAUCGGUUGGGCCAUCACUGUCGUUUUGAUCCUCUUCUGGACGGUUCCCGUCGCCUUUGUCGGCGUCAUCUCCAACAUCAACGGACUCGCCGAAAAAGUGUCCUUCCUCCACUGGCUCAACGACAUCCCCUCCAUUGUUCUCGGCAUCAUCCAGGGUAUCUUGCCCACUGUGCUGCUUGCAGUGCUCAACAUGCUUCUUCCUAUCUUCUUGCGUCUCCUCUCGCGUCUCAGCGGUGUUCCCACCCGCAGUGGCAUCGAACUUGACCUGCAGGGUCGCUUUGCCGCUUUCCAGAUCGUGCAGAACUUCCUCAUGCUUACCUUGAUCUCCGGUAACGCUGGUCAGAUCACCAAAUACGUCCAGGAGGUCGCGUCGCAGCCCUCUCAAUUCCCUGGUCUCUUGGCCGAGGCUAUCCCCAAGGGUUCGCUCUUCUUCCUCAGCUUCAUCGCCCUCCAAGGUCUUUCGGGUGCCGCCUCGCUGUUUGCCCAGAUCCCUGGCCUGGCCGUAUAUUACGUCAAGAAGUUCCUGCUGGCCUCCACGCCCCGCAAGGUCUGGCACAUCGACCACGACACGGGUGGACCCGCCUGGGGCACCCUGUUCCCGAGCAUGACCCUCAUCACGGUCAUCGGCACCGGCUACGUUGUGAUUGCGCCCAUCGUCAACGGCUUUGUCGUGUUUACCUUCUUCCUCUUCUUCCUCGGCUACAAGUACCUCUUCCUCUACGUCUACGAUACCAAGCCAGCUAGCGAGACGUCCGGUCUGUUCUUUGGCAAGGCGAUUCGCCACAUCUUUGUCGGCCUCUACGUAGAGAUGGUGAUGCUCGCCGCCAUCUUCUUCCUCGCCCAGUCGGAAGAUGCGAACGGCCAAAACAAGAAGCAGUCUGCCAUCCCCGAGGGUGCCUUCAUGGUGGUGCUGAUCGUCAUCGUGAUUGGAUUCCACUACUUCCUCAACGACUCGUUCAAGGCGCUCGAGACGGCGCUGCCCCUCACGCUCACCACGGGCACCACCCCGGAUCAGCUGCAGGGCAACUUUACCCGUACUUCGGGCGAGACUGCUUACACCGAGAAGAAGCCGCUCCACGCACAGGGCACUUCGCCCGACGAGAAGGCCCCUGGCGUGCACGGCGAGACCAACGGCUACGGCCUCAAUGGUGCCGGUCCCGCGGGGGAGAAGCACCACGAAUCCGUGCCUGGCCUCACCGAGGAGCAAGAGUCGGCCUUCUACCACCCAUCGCUCACCGGCGAGCAGAAGCCCAUCUGGCUGCCCAACGACAAGUUUGGCAUUGGCCGGGCUGCCGUCGCCUCGGCUCGCAAGGCUGGCCUCGAUGCCACCUACGAGCACACCUCGGUCACUGAGAAGGGCCAGGUCGAGACCGACGCCUACGAGCCUCCCGGUGAGCCCCUCGUCUAG